CAUGCCAUUUUUGGGCCAGGACUGGAGAUCCCCUGGAUGGAGAUGGGUUAAAACAGAAGAUGGUUGGAAACGAUGUGAACCCUUCAGUCCUGCACUUGAGGAUGGGAAUAAUCAGAUGAAUGGUAUCAGUCACACAGUCAUUUUAUCUGGGGAUGAUGAUGAUGAAGAAAUAUACGGUACUGAAGAUUGUGAGUUUGCAGCCAAGAAGAGGAAAAAAGAUCAUUUGGGGAAUAACACAGAUUCUCAGUGUUUUUAUCGUGAAAAGUGGAUUUAUGUUCAUAAAGAAAGUACCAGGGAAAGACAUGGCUAUUGCACUUUGGGAGAAGCUUUUAACCGCUUAGAUUUUUCAAGUGCAAUUCAGGACAUCAGAAGGUUCAAUUACGUGGUCAAACUUUUGCAGUUAAUUGCAAAAUCCCAGUUAACUUCACUGAGUGGAGCAGCUCAGAAGAACUACUUUAACAUUUUGGACAAAAUUGUGCGGAAGGUCAUGGAAGACCAAUAUAACCCACGAUUAAUCAAAGAUCUUCUACAGGAUCUGAGUUCUACACUUUGUAUACUGAUAAGGGGAGUAGGAAAAUCUGUGUUGGUAGGGAACAUCAAUAUUUGGAUUUGCCGAUUAGAAACUAUCCUUCUGUGGCAACAACAACUAAAUAACCUCCAGAUGAACAAGCAAGUCAACAAUGGACUUACGCUUAGUGAUCUCCCUCUGCACAUGCUGAAUAACAUCUUAUACAGGUUCUCUGAUGGCUGGGACAUUAUUACUCUGGGUCAAGUGACCCCAACUUUGUACAUGCUCAGUGAAGACAGACAAUUGUGGAAAAAACUCUGUCAGUACCAUUUUGCGGAAAAGCAGUUCUGUAGGCAUUUAAUUCUAUCAGAGAAGGGUCACAUUGACUGGAAGCUGAUGUACUUUGCUCUUCAGAAAUAUUACCCAAUAAAGGAACAGUACGGGGACACCUUGCAUUUCUGUCGACACUGUAGUAUUCUGUUUUGGAAGGACUACCACCUUGCUUUGUUACUCAAG